GAUCGCUUCGCCGAGAUGAUUCGCUGCUCAAGUCGGUAAAUGUGAAAAGUUGCCAUGUCCAAAUUAUGGAGCGCUUGUCCUUCUAGCUGGUAAGCAUAGCCUCCGCCGCGUUGUUGAAACUACUUGGCUCACAGGCGCCUUUCUGUCUUUAAAAAACGCGAGAAUUGGAGAGAGCGAAACUCAAACACGACUCACUCCGACCAUGGACGUAACUGACAUCAACGCGUCUCGCGACCAAAAUGUGGCUGAAGUACACUCCGCAGACUUCCACUCCGUUGCUCUAGAUGAUGCCAACGACCUUGCUUCUAGAAGCAGUUUCGACGAACCGUUCUGGCCGUCGUCUGGAUACCUCCACGACCCCUUGAUGUAUGGGCAGCCGUUACAGCCAGCCUACUCUGCGCCAUACGAUGAAUACGCAGAUGACGAACUCACGAGCUUCCCUAAAAUCAGCGAUUUUAGUCAGAACUUGAUGGGUAAUGCGGAGGACCAUGCGCCCUACCCACCGCUAUCAUUCAACAGGCAGUUGUUCCACCAUGAAGACGUUGUUCUAGGUGGCCCAUGGCCCCACAACGAGCUCUCAGGAACCUCGAGCCUCGCGACAGCUGACCAGUAUAUCGUACCAGACGCAGUGCAGUUUGCGUCUGAGCAUAGUCACGGACGCGAGCGGGCCGAUUUUUUCGCUUCGUCCACCUUGGGCCCCGACUUUCCUGCCUCGGGAAGUGGUACGUUCAUUGAACCGAAGGGGCUCGAUAGAGAGCUGGACUUCCCCUUCUAUCACGUAGAGGGUAGUCAACACGUGCACGGCGCACUUGCGCUGGAAAACGUUGGGCAAGGUGUCAUGACUGGUUUGGAGGAUAUCCAUUUCUCGGGUGCUACUGCGCCAUACCAUCCAGCCUUCCUUGGUGGCGAUGUGGGGGAGGUUGGACCAGCACCUCACCCCACACCGCCUAGUAUACCGCAUGUCGUUAGAUGCCAACAUCACGUGCAAGGUGAACCAUGUGGGGCAUUGAUCAAUGGCGAAAUCUCCAAUAUCCUAGAGCACUUCUCUCGUGUGCACGUUCAUCCUCGCGUGGUCGCAAAAUCCGGCUAUCCCUCGGAACCCUGGACUUGUUGCUGGGACGGCACGUGUGACGGCCGCAUACACAAGGGGAACUUCAGGAGGCAUGUCGUUGGCCAUUUCUUCCGCUGGAAGUGCUCGACCUGCUCGAUGACUUACUCGCGAGACGAUACCGCGCGCAAACACAUGAAGGGCUGUGGCGAUGGCAAUGGCAGGAUCUCUACGGAGCUGCAGUUGGAGGUUCGUCCAGGACAGAUGUAGGAAGACGGCUGACGGCACUGGAGGGGGGAACCGCUACAUAUAUGCAGCUGUGCUUAUGAAGGGGGGAUUCAGGCCGGAUCCGUUUACUUACUGGCAAUGGUAAGAAGUCGAUAGACUCUAUGUUGCUCGCUUCCUCAGAACUAUUUAAAUUUUCCAUAUGCAUCGAUUUUUUUUGUUUGUGUUCGAC